CGGAUCCCUCCGCCCGCGGGUGCGGUGCUGAGGCCCGCGCGCCGCCAUUUUGGGUGCUGAAACUUGACUCCGGAGUCCGUCUCUGCCGCGUGCAGCCCGGUUUCCAGCAGGAGGAAUAGUACAGCAUGCUGGGCUCUGGAUUUAAAGCUGAGCGUUUAAGGGUCAAUUUGAGAUUAGUCAUAAACCGUCUUAAACUAUUGGAGAAAAAAAAAACGGAACUGACCCAGAAAGCAAGGAAAGAGAUUGCUGACUAUCUGGCUGCUGGGAAAGAUGAACGAGCACGGAUCCGAGUGGAGCACAUUAUACGAGAAGACUACCUUGUGGAGGCCAUGGAGAUCCUGGAGCUGUAUUGUGACCUGUUGCUGGCCCGGUUUGGCCUCAUUCAGUCUAUGAAGGAGCUAGAUUCUGGUCUGGCUGAAUCUGUGUCUACACUUAUCUGGGCUGCUCCUCGACUCCAGUCAGAAGUGGCUGAGUUGAAAAUAGUUGCUGAUCAGCUCUGUGCCAAGUAUAGCAAAGAAUAUGGCAAGUUAUGUAGGACCAACCAGAUUGGAACUGUGAACGACAGGUUAAUGCACAAACUGAGUGUGGAAGCUCCACCCAAAAUCCUGGUGGAGAGGUACCUGAUUGAAAUUGCCAAGAACUACAAUGUACCCUAUGAGCCUGACUCUGUGGUCAUGGCAGAAGCUCCCCCUGGAGUAGACGCAGAUCUUAUUGAUGUUGGAUUCACAGAUGAUGUGAAGAAAGGGGGCCCUGGAAGAGGAGGAGGUGGGGGUGGGUUCACAGCACCCAUUAGUGGACCUGAUGGAGCAGUGCCAAUGCCCAUGCCCAUGCCCAUGCCCAUGCCAUCUCCAAGUACUCCUUUCUCAUACCCACUUCCAAAGGGACCAUCGGAUUUCAAUGGAUUGCCAAUGGGGCCUUAUCAGGCCUUUCCCAAUAUUCAUCCACCUCAGAUACCAGCAGUUCCCCCAUCAUAUGAAUCUGGUGAUGACAGUAAUGCUGAUAAGAAUAUCUCUUCUGCACAGAUUGUUGGUCCUGGACCCAAGCCAGAAGCCUCUGCAAAGCCCCCUUCCAGACCUAUGGAUACCUAUGACAACUUUGUACUGCCAGAGUUGCCAUCUGUGCCAGAUACACUACCAACUGCAUCUGCCGGUGCCAACACUUCAGCAUCUGAGGACAUUGACUUUGAUGAUCUUUCACGGAGAUUUGAAGAGUUGAAAAAGAAAACAUAGGCCUCUUAAACUAGGCAACGUCCAAGUUCUGGAAGUUUCUCCUUGUAACAAAGAAUCUCUAUGAAAUUCUGUUUCAUCUCUUAACCAUCACCGAGCACAUACUUCCUCUGGGCUCUCUUCCUGCUCUACCAAACUGUGGUGCUUUCCAGUUCUUUAUUGCUCCUAAGAGAUGAAUGACUGGAGACACUGCGGCCACAGCAGCUGAUUCCUGUAAGCCGUGCUUGUCUGUUUCCUGUCAGUGUGAGCCCAGGUUCUCUCCUCACCUGUCCCACCAUCUCGCUACAGGGGAGUGAGAAGGUAAAAGCAUUGUGGGGGGAGAGCUGACAGAGAUGGCUAGGCUGUGAAGAGAGUACUUCAUGAAGUGCCUCAGCCCUGUGCUGAGGCUCUGAACUUAGAGUGAGGCUCAAGGCUAAGACGUGUAUUUCUCUAAUGGACGGGAGAGAAAAUGACUCAGGAAGCCACUGUUAAAGUUCUUGGAAGCUCGGUCCUCUCGUUGGCAUAUACACUACUCCUUGCUGCAGGGCAAUGUUCCACCUGGAUCCAGUUGCAAAGUUUAUUUGGAAAGUUGCUCAGUUCUACUGGAUUUUCAGGGAGCCAGCCUUCUGUGGCCUUUUGCUUUGAGUGCUGUGUUUCCCUUUUACCAUAGGGCAGCACUGUAUUUACUCCUGUUUGUCCCAUAGCAUGUUCUUUUGGAUUGCAUUACUGACAAAGGAAGGACAGGCCACAUAUUGGGCAGAAGUUACCAUUCAAGGCUAAGGUGGGCUUCCAGUUGCCUUAAUAGUAAGUAUUCAGGUCUCUUGAAUAGUGAGCUGGAAAGCCUACAGGAGAAGAGAGGGGUUCCUGUUUUCAUUUGAAAACUAUGAUUAAGAGAACCUGUAAAAACUGAUCUCAUUCAUUUUGGUGCCCAUGUGGUUAUAGUUCGUUGUUUUCCUUGAUGAACGAGACUCUUGUUACCGUUGUAACUAACAUGCUCCUUUGCCCCUUAGCUAAGGCCAUCCUUUCCCACAGUGAUGGCUUUGGGAUCAGAAAAUAAGACUUUGGCUUUUGUGUAGUGUAUCUGUAUAUACCUGUUUCAAGCAACUUUUCUUUAAUUAUUUAAUGUAUUUUUGAUUGGGCUGUAUCUUAUAGCACAGUAGUUGAUAAAUAAAGUUAAAAAUUCUGUGCCCUGCUUUCUCCACUGGCUUGGUCAAAUGAUGAGCUGCAAAUCUGGAUCUUAGUGGAGAAUACUUGAAGCAAGUGACCCAUGCUGGGCACAUGCCAGAGCUUGCCUUUGGCUCUGUGGGUAAUGUGGAUGCUGCAGCAGUAAGGAGCCCAUUUCAGCCUCUGUAUUUAAGCUCAGAUAGCAGCUGCGAGUUUGCUUGGUUACUCCACCUGGGCCUUUUGGCGGCUUCCAGGGCCUAAUUAGGGCAAGGAGCGCAGUGUUAGAAAUGCUCCCCGUUAGCCAUAUUGCAUGCUUGUAUCUUUAUUUUUAAUAAGCUGCAGUGAGUUCACAUCCAAGUUAUUGGUAUUUCUUACAGCCAUCCCGGAACGUGGGUUGUGUGUUCUGUUACUCGCUGUUUGGCAGCAGAGCCAGUUUAAUAUGUCACUCUUGCAGCAUUAACCCUUUCCCAAUAGUGCCAAGAUCCAUAAACAAGGACUUUUAGUGAAGGGGAUUUUGAUUCCUCACUGAUAAAAUUAACAAAAUGCAUUGUAAACAUCUAUAAUUUUCUAAGGUGCAUCAUGCAAAAAUAAGUAUUUGCUAGGCAGUAACAGGGUUAAGACAGUUCAUCUUUUAACAUGUCAGUGCCCAUUGCUGUCACAGCUGUUGACUCAGGUGUGUUCUGGAUUCCUAACAAACUUGAGAGCUUCUGCAGCAGCAUGUCUAUCAGUGCAGCUUCUUUCCAAGCCUAUUGAAAGAGAAAAGGAGAAAAAUAAAUUGAAAUUGUUGCAAAUGUUGAAGGAAGAAAGUAUCAAAGGUUAAAAAAAGUAAAUAACAUAGUAAAGAUACUGUUUCCUUCAAUGAUUUGUUAUUAGGCAUUGGAGUGUUUCUGCUGCUUAAUAGCUGAGGGUCAGCUAUUUAUAGGACUGUGGCUAGAACACAAUGUAGUCUGGGUAAAUUGGGUUUCUUAGGAAAAUAGUUGGCAGAGCUGUGGAGACUAAUAAAGGGAGAAUGCUGAUACUGUGCAUUAUGUCCGUCUAUAAUCUUAGCUACAGUUGAGCUUUUCUAGUGGUAUAAAAUGAUAUACAGGUAUUUCCCUUUAUGCCACUUUAAUUUUAGGGAAAAAUCUAUUUUAGUACCUGUUUUCACUAACCAAAAGAAAACUGAAGAGGACUUCUGCUUUUGUGAAAAAGGCAAGCCCUGGCUGGUGUGGCUUAAUUGGUUGGGCAUCAUCCCGUGCACCAAA